AUGGAUUUUUCGCUGGUGCUGCUGGCGGUGUUGAGGGAGCACGCGACGGUGCUGCUCGCCGGAGUCUGUCGGGAUGCUACAAAUGUAUGCUACAGAGAGGGGAAGGGGUUCAAGAAGGACACCAAGGACGAGCACCCCAACACCAAGCAGAAAACUGAACACGAGAAGUUGCAGAAGCUUGCAGCAAGGUAUGCAAACAUACAGUUCCUUGAACCAUUGAACUGGCGUGCAGCUCUAAGGCAGGAGUGCAGCUGCCCGGCGUCGGAGCUGCCGCGGCGCAUCCAUCGGCACCCACGCGAGCGCGAGAUCCGGAGGACAAGCGAGGCGGGAGGAGGGCCGGCACAGGGAGCCCUUGGCGUCGCGCAGCCUCUGCCUCCUCAGUAUCGGCGCGCCCUGGCGAGCAGCACGGGGAGGGCUAUGGCGCCGAACGCCGGAGCACAUUCCCGCCUUGUUGCUCGUCCGUCCUACCUCCCCAGGAAGGUGGAUCUGCCCAGCCAUGGACGUGAGCAGAAAAAACCAUUACCCCGUCUCUUCCUCUCUGCCCCUCCGCUCAGGAUGCAGAUGUUUGUGACAUGGUUUGAAUGGGGCAUCUUGGGUAAUGAUCUAAUUACUAAAGAUUUUGCUGUUCUGACUGUGCUCGGAUUUUCUGUGGGGGACUCCUCCUUGGAUGAUGAGCGGCCACAUACACGGCUCAUCCUCUGUCCGAAACAAGGAAAUCCAGACACGAUGCUCUCGUCGCCAUCUCCUCCCACCCUUUGCAGCAGCAGCCUCCUCCCCUCCCCUCCCUCCUGCUCCGGCAACCACCACCACCACCACCGCUCCCCAAGCCGCCACCGCACGCGCCUACGCAGCUCCAAUCCCGACGCCCCGACCUUCCCAAAGCCCAACCCCGACCCACCUCGCCGUCUGCUCGGGGAAGACCGCCGCCUCAGCUCGCUCGUCCACCGCGGCGACCUCGACGCGGCGCUCCGCAUUAUCGACUCCUCCCCCUGCCCGCCCGACGUCCAGCUCGCCAACAAGCUCGUCCGCGACCUCUGCCGCCGGGGCCGGCCCGCGGACGCCGCGCGCGUCGUCGACGCGUGCGGCCCCGCGGCCACCGCCGUCACCUACAGCGCGCUGGCCGACGGGUACUGCCGCGCGGGGAGGCUCGACGAGGCGCGCCGCGUCGUCGACAGCAUGCCCGUGCCGCCCACCGCGUACGCCUACAACCCGCUCAUGCACGCGCUCUGCGUGCGCGGCCAGGUCCGGGACGCGCUCCUGCUGCUCGACGGUAUGCUCUGCCGCGGCUGCGCCCCCGACGUCGUCACCUACAACAUCCUCCUCGAGGCCGCCUGCAAGGGUGGCGGGUACCGGCAGGCCCUGGAGCUGGUCGACCUGAUGCGCGACGAGGGGUGCACGCCCACCAACGUCACCUACAACGUCAUCAUGGACGGGAUGUGCAGGGAAGGCGACGUCGACGGCGCCCGCGUGCUGCUCAACAGCCUGCCUUCUUACGGGUGCAAGGCCAACACCGUCAACUACAACACCGUCUUGAAGGGCCUGCGUACCGCCGGGAGCUGGGGGGAUGUUGAGGAGCUUAUUGACGAGAUGUUCAGCGAGGAUUGUCCCCCGAGCGAAGCGACUCUCAGCGUGGUCAUCAGUCAGCUGUGUCAAGAAGGAUUGCUCCAGCAGGCGGUUCGGCUUCUCGAGAAGAUGUCCAAGCAUGAGUGCACGGCAAGUGUUGCUACUUACAAUGCCGUCAUCGGCGGUCUUUGCGAGCAAGGUCAUGUGGCUAAUGCCUUGGAGUUACUGAGGAAGAUGCAAUCCUGCGGUUGUGAGCCUAAUACUUUUACCUUUGAAAUUAUAGUGAAGGGUUUGUGCAGUGUUGAUCGUUGGGACGAUACCACCGAGGGUUUGUGCAGCCCUGAUAUUUCACCGCUCAAUACACUGAUUGGUUUAUUGUGUCAGAGAGGGUUGACGGUGCAGGCCAUUGAAGUAUUUAAGCAAAUGCCCAAGAAAGGCUGCACCCCUGAUUCAACCACUUACAGUACACUAAUAGACGGGCUUGCCAAAAGUGGCAAUAUGGACCAGUCCCUUGAGCUGUUGAAUGAAAUGGGCAACAAAGGAUUCAACUCAGACAUAAACUAUAAGCUGUUAGCUGAGUAUCUGCAUGACGAGGCUAAAAUUGAGGAGGCAAUUCAGAUGGUUCAUAAACUGCAAGAUAAAGGCAUAUCACCCCACACUGCUCUCUACAAUACAAUACUAUUAGGGCUUUGUAGAAAUGGCAAAACAGAUCGUGGUAUUGAUAUUUUGGCUCAUAUGGUGUCUGACGGUUGCAUGCCUGAUGAGUCAACUUACAUUAUACUCAUCGAAGGCUUGGCACAUGAGGGCUAUAUGAAGCAGGCAAGAGAAUUGUUAAGCAAGUUGAGUUCUAAAGAUGUUCUCAUUGACAGUUUGAUCAAGAACGACGGUUUGUUGUUAGAUCAAAAUAUUCAUAUUUCUUGA